CCAGCAAUAGCGGCGGCGGCGAGUGACCAGGCCGUCGCGAUCACGCCGAGCUCGUUCUACGAGGCCCCUACCACUGCCGCCUUCGUCGAGCUCGUCAAGAAACGGCCGGAGAUGGCGCCCCAAGGGUUCCAGAAGGGCCAGACCGACACCAUCGCAUCGCGCGCACGUUGGUGGCGUUAUUUGCAGCGCGCCGGAGGGAAGCUCGAGGACACGGACGCGUUCAUUAAUGCGACCUUGCACGUCAUUGCGUCAGGACAGUACAAGGCCGCCAUCGAUGAGGGCAAGGUCGAGAAGGCCCCGACUAGAUCGUCGCCCGACUUCGAGGGCAACCCCACCGACGAGGAGCAGAUCAUCAAAUACCUCGCUGGCUGUGGCAUAUGGACCCAAGGGAGACACUACGAGGCUGCCAUUGAGCUCGCGGAGUUGCGUGGAGUCAAGGGUGCACCGACACCGGACCCUUUCGCCGACUAA